GGAAGUGCAGCCGGUCCUCUGCAGCGUCGCCACGUCCACGUACACGGAGCAGCGCCGAUGGGAUGAACGGAGGGAUCUGAGCUGAACUACUGUCCCCUUUCCCCCCCCGCACGACCCCCAGCGGGACCCCGAGUGCUUGGGCUGCGGUCUGCCCCGAGAGACACCCCCGAGUCCCGGACAGGAGCGGCGCAGAGGCACGCAGGAGUUCGAGUGGUUCCUUGAUGCGUAAACAUGGUGGACUAUUACCAGGUUUUAGGAGUCCAGAGGGAAGCUACAGCAGAAGACAUCAAGAAAGCGUACAGAAAGUUGGCGCUGAGGUGGCAUCCAGAUAAAAACCCAGACAACAAAAUCGAAGCUGAGAAGAAAUUCAAAGAGCUGUCUGAGGCCUACGAGGUCCUCUCCGAUGCCAACAAGCGCUCCUUAUACGACCGCUAUGGAAAAGAAGGGCUAACGGGAAGCAGAGGGAGAGGAGAACAUUUCCAUAACGGAGAUCACUUCCACGAGCCGUUCACCUUCAGAAACCCCGAGGACGUGUUCAGGGAGUUCUUCGGAGGAGCGGACCCUUUCGCAGACUUCUUCGGUCCGAACCCUUUCGGAGAUGAUCCGUUCUUCAGCAGCACCAGGACCCACAGUCGGAGCGGACGACCCCGAACAGGAGGCUCGUUCUUCGGGGGCUUCGUCGGGUUUCCUCCCUUUGGUGGAGGAUUCUCUCCGUUUGACCCAGGUUUUGGAGCGUUCGGUUCCAUGGGAGCGAUGGGGCACAUGGGGCACAUGGGGCACCUCCACAGUCUGAACGGCCUGGGCGGGGCAUGGGCGGGGGGGAUGGGGGCGGGCAUGGGCGGCAUGGGGGGCAUGGGCGGCUUCACCUCCUUCUCCUCCACCUCGUUCGGCGGCAGCGGAGCCGGGAUGGGAAACUUCCGCUCCGUCUCCACCUCCACCAAGAUCGUCAACGGGAGAAAGAUCACCACUAAACGAAUCGUGGAGAACGGUCAGGAGCGCGUGGAGGUGGAGGAGGACGGGCAGCUCCGAUCUUUAACCAUCAACGGCCGAGAGCAGCUGCUGAGACUGGAACACAAAUGAACAAACUCUCAAAAAAACAAAACAAAAACAAACCAACCCCUGUGUAAGAAGCCACUGUACCAGCAGCAGCAGCAGCAGCAGCAGCAGCAGCAGCAGCAGCAGCAGCAGCAGCAGCACAGACCUCAGCCUCCUCAGCCUCUCCAGACCUGCGCUCGCUACAAACACCCUCCACAUUCCUCUUUUACUUUGGCAUUUCCCUUAAAGAACACGUAUCACACGACGCAAACUGGACUUUUUCAACUUUUUAACACGUCGCACUCUCGGUCCCUCUGCAAAAACACACUUAAGAGUUUUAGAGAACGUUUCAGCGGCCGUUUUCUGCACACUAUUUAUUUAUUUUUUUGACAAUGAUACAGAACCCUCGAGCGGCAAAACAAACAAAAAAUCCGUGUGUCGUUCGUUCAUUCGUUUUUCAAAAUAAAACCAAAAAUAAGAAAA